AUGCUGCAUCCCAAACGGUACAGUAACAUCAUCACUAAAUUGCUUAUCUUUGGUAUUUGCGCUAAAAUCGUCUGCGAGGAGUACAUGAAAUGCCGCCACCCGGCCUGUCCACUUGUUUGCUCUGCUGCGCUAUAUACCCCAAUGGCUGCUAAGCAACUGGCAGAACCAGGCAGGCGCAGUGGGUGCGGUAGGUCAAGGAGCGCCAUCAACUCGGUAUUCAGCGCGACUCUUCCACGGAUCGGGUUCUGCAUACACCAGAACAGACCCCAAUUCCGAGGAUUUGUUCUGAUAAAAGGAGGCUCCGAUACUUUGUCCUCGCUCAUAUUGACCAUCAUCCAGGCCAUGAGUGAGUAUCCAGAAGUGCAGGCUAAGUGUGCUGAUCGGGUAUUUCAUCCUAAUCUGGUUAACCAUGACCGUUCCCCGGCUUGGUGUGAGUGGCCCAAAGUGGCCUAUAUCAACAUGAUCAUCAAAGAGUCCCACCGGUGGCAUGACCGCAUCGAUGGUAAACUCACUCCACAAGGAUCAAGCAUCGUUCUUAAUGUCUAG